UGGUGACAGUCCCUGCUGCACUGUUCUUAUCACAGCUUGAGGGCUGAUCCCUGGCCUAUCCAGUUGGGUUAUGGCAGAGUUCUAAACUCUAGAAUGGAACCAGGUUGGGGAAGGGGAACUUGAGUGUGUUCCCGAUACUACCUAAGAAACAGAAGAGCCACUUGAUUGUGAACGAUCUUCUGAUUCAGAAUGCAAUACCCAGAAAGAAAACAUCUUGAGUUUUUCUUCUAACAUGUACCAUUAUGGUUUGAGGCCACAAAAUUAUUAUACAAUAAUGUUUCUCGCUCCAAAUUCUCGUGUACCUUACUCAUCUAGUGGCUAUACAGAUGAAUCCACUGGCUUUGUAUUCCCUUCAAUACAAAUGCACAAUUUCAGUAGCCGGCCCUCUGCUUUUAUGGGCAAUGAGGUGUAUUAUCCUCAGUCCUUUUCAAACGGACGUGUAGAAUAUCACCAUUUUUAUGGUGCUAACCCUUUCCAUAAUGCUCAAAACUGGUAUUAUCCCAGGUACAAUCCUGGACCAAUGUACAAUCCAUUUCCAAACUACCCUAAACCCCAAACCUAUACAAGACCAGUUGUCGAGGCAUGGCCAGAGGGAUUCACCUUGAAGGGAGAGCUUCACUGGGGUAAACUGGAGAGAUUUUUUGGUGUUAAACGUAACCUUCCAGAAUUUGUAAAGGAUGACCUUCGUAGAGUUUAUGGAACUUACCCAAGGACAUUUGUUGCCAUUACUUACCAAAAUGGAGAGUACCUCGUUAAAGGUGACCCCAAGGUUGGUGAACAGGAAUACACGGUUGAAAAGAAAGUAAUUCGAAGGCAACCUACACCCACAGAUUCAGAGGAUGAGGAGAUAAAUGAGGGCAAGCAAAGCAGACGGAAAAGGAAAUCUAGAAGAUAAGACAUUCAAGUUACAAGAAUAAUUUUUUGGGGGAAGAGAAUUCUAGCCCUGAUCUGAUGACUUUUAUACUGAAAAUACUAACUGUUAAAGCUAUACAAAUACUGAUGUCAUGGGUGCUCUUUUGCAGAUGUGUAGGUAGAAUAUGAAGAAAUAUAAUCAAGCCAUGCCUACAAUAUACACAUUUAUGGACACUAAAUUACAUGAAGUCACUAUGAUUUAUCAUAAGUUUGUAUUUGAAAGAAAUGUAUCCAAAAUUCAAUGAUGGUUUCCUUCAAAUGUUCUAGAGUUUUGAUUGUUUUGCAUAUAUAAGAUGAAAUAAAUUUAUCGAACAUUCUGAAAAAGAAGAAACUGUUCAUAAAGUGUUUAAGAUUGA